UUCAUUUCCGGUGCUGUGCAUCCUCUUCCAACAGGCUACACUCUGCAGCCACCAACACAAUACAGAAGCAGAGAUAACAGCAGUUUCUCCAUAUUCCUCUCCUUUUCAACUCUCCCGAUCCAAAUGUCUUCAACUUCAAUCGAGUAAAACCGAAACGAUGGCGGAAACCGCAAUUUUCUUCGCCGCCACCGGAGAACCUCCUCUGCUACGAUUCUUCAACAGCACCUUUCUCUACGUCAAACGGAACCUCAUCGCUCACAUUUUCCGCUCCCUAAACGACGCCGUCUCACACCACAGGAUUUGCUGUGUCGUGGACGUGGCAAUUGAGAAAAAGUGUGAUGUGUACGCGAGAGAUUCUUCGUCGAACGACAGGAGUUUCGGCGCGGACGAGAAUGGACGGCACGCCGUUUUCAAUGUGCUGGAUACUAUGCUUAAGGAUAGUUUAGAGCGGCUGAAGAUGAUGAGGGAAAAUAUAUGUUUGGUAAAGAUAGGUCUAACUAUGGGAUAUGCUUGUGAAUUCAAGUAUGCUGAACAUACAGCUACUAUUAGGAGUUUGUGCUUGGACAGGAAGUUGGGAGCAGCUCUUUGUCUUCGGAGGAAAAUGGUUAUGAAAGGUGUUGUUCCUGAUGUGUUUACCCACAACCAUAUUGUUAACGGGCUGUGCAAAAUUGGUUUUCUGGAGAAAGCAGAUUGGAUUGUUGGAGAGAUGUUAGAAAUUGGUCCUGGUCCCAAUUGUGCGACUUAUAACACUUUGAUUAAGGGCUAUUGCACUGUUAAUGACCUGGACAGGGCUUUGUCUCUGUUCUCCACCAUGUCCAAUGCUAGGGUUCUGCCAAACAGGGUUACUUGUAGUAUACUGGUGCGUGCUCUGUGUGAGAAAGGUCUUCUAAAGGGAGCUAAAAGGAUGCUCGAAGAAAUAUUGAAGGAUGAUGACGAGAAAUAUAUAACUAAUUUAGUAACCUCUACUAUAUUUAUGGAUAACUACUUUAAGAAAGGAGCAAUUUUUCAGGCUCUUAGUCUUUGGAAUCAGAUGGUUCAAAAUUGUACUAAAGUUGAUGUUGUAGCUUAUAAUGUUCUUAUCCAUGGCUUUUGCAAGAGUCUACAAAUGAACCUUGCAUAUGGAUAUACAUGCGAGAUGUAUAAGAAAGGUUUACUUCCUGAUGUUUUUACGUAUAAUAUUCUUAUUGGUGCUCUUUGCAAGGAAGGUAAAACUAGUGAGGCUUGCUAUACCCUUGGAGUCAUGUCUAGUAUGGGAAUUAUGCCCGAUCAAAUUACAUACCAGCUUGUGAUUCGAGGCCUUUGUUUUGAUGGAGAGAUUGCUAGAGCAAAAAGCUUGCUUUGGUCUAUGUUGAACAAUUUAAUAGUGCCGAAGCCUUUAAUAUGGAACCUACUAAUUGACUUCUACGGACGAUAUGAUGAUCUUAGCAAUGCACUUUUUACAAGAAAUCAGAUGCUAGCUUUUGGUGUUCACCCAAAUGUAUUUACUUACAAUGCUUUAAUUCUUGCACAAGUGAAGAGUGACAAUUUCAAUGGUGCUUGCACUCUGAAGGAAGAAAUGCUCUCAAAGGAUAUUUUUCCUGAUGUUGUUACCUAUAAUUUAUUGAUAGGUGCCGCCUGUAAUUUAGGACGUCCUGAUUUUGUUCUUCAAUUACAUGAUGAGAUGGUGCAGAGAGGGUAUGAACCAGAUUUAAUAACUUACACUGAAAUUGUUAGGGUGUUCUGUAUUAGAGGUAAGAUGAAAGAGGCAGAGGAGCUAUAUGCCAAAAUACUAAAAUCUGGUUUAUUGAAUGAUCAUGUUCCAGUGCAGAUUCUAUUUAACAAGUACUGCAAAAUGAAGGAACCAGUUAGAGCAUUUAAUUUCUAUCAAGACUGGUUAGAAAGUAAAAGGGGAAGUCAUCUGUAUUAAAUUUGACAUUCUGCCUGUCUUUGGACAUCAUGAAGUUUCAAGUUCGGGAAAAAGUGCCACUUGUGCUCAGAAGUCAAACAGCUGAAAUUCAGAUUUCAACUGAAAUGUUGAUGAUAGCUCUUAUCAGUUAUGCUUCAGGUGAGUGUUGGCAUUUUAUUCCACACAAUGUACUUCCAGUGAAAUCAUUGUCAGUGGCUGCAUUUCAAACUCUUGCUAAAUGUUGAACCUGAAUACUAAAGUAGAUUUUGGGUUGAUUAGUGGACCCAUUUUAUGUGCUGCUGCUGAUUUGUGAAUUAUUAUAUAUAAUUAUAUACUAUAUUUUUUUUAAAUGAAAGUGGGCAGUGACAUUUAACAUAAUGCAUGUGCUGUUUGGAACUUUUGCUUGCUAAAUUUUAAUCAAAUGCUUAACUUGCAUUGAAAUUUAGUUGCUAUAAACCAUCCACUUAGGAUUAGUGACCUUCCAAAUCACCUGCAAACUCACCAUUUCCGUGGUCAUAUUGUAUAUUUUCCAUCUCACGAGGAGCUCAGCUCCAUUGUAUUGUGUUAGUUGUAGUAUCUGCUUAAAUCCUGUACAAGACUUCUUUCUUUGAGUAUUAGGAGUAUUUCCGUAUACAUUUUGGUCCAGUUUCCCUUUCUGUAUCUGGUUUCUAUUAUCCCUAAUUAGAGAUGAGAUGUAUUUGAUAGGGGGUUGCCUAGACAGAGGGGGUUUGGUGGUUGUCAAUGUCAACAGGUACUCAAGCAAUGGGCAUUUUGUCCCUCCAGAACCCAUUUACUCUGCAGAAAUAGCUGAGUUACUUGCUAAAGAAAUUGUUAGACUUGCUGGGGGUUCCAAGUUCCAUUUUAAGUGGUCAGGGUCCGGGAUCCCACAUUUGUUAUCAAAUUGUUGUAAAAUACUAUCCGCUUGCAGUGACAACUCUGACAAGGAGCUCUGCUUAUCAACUUCUGAUGGAUGAAUAAAUGAAGGUCUUGACAAGGAUUUGGAGUGCUUGAGUUGAGGUGUUCUGCAGUUGACUGGUUGAAACAGUGGUAAAUCCUUCACUUCGAGCAGAGUAUUGGUACGACAUUGUUUACCAGAACACAAUGUGCAACUAGAAGCACACUAUUCAUGUUGGUGACUGAGGUAUUUGUAAGAGAUGGUUUGGUUGAGGACACGUUUGCACAAGGAGAGUGGGUUUAUUUGAUGCUAAGGCUCUAUAGCCAGCAAUUUGUUGCAAGAAAAUGAUCCAUUCCAAGUUGGCAGCUCAUUGCUUACGGCCUUUUCAAAUUGACGCCAGAAUCAGUGGUGUAGCAUUGUAUGAAACUUCUUGACACAGCUUGUAUUUCUUUCUGUUCAAUCUUUCAGGUGUCUCUAUUGAGCUGUACAUUAAAUAUGCAUGGCUGGGCAUGUUGUAACAUGCAAGACUCUGAAUAUUUAUGCAUAAUCUUUGCACAGCUGUUUGUGCUUCAACAUGAGCUUGUGCACAACUUUGGUCAUGCAAAUUGGAAUGGUCUAAUGUGUGGGUUCAGGCUCAAAAGCCUCAGCCUGCAGAAAACUGACCACUGAAGGGCAGAGCUUCUUGAAUCCUUAAUUGCAACUCUGUCCACUGUUGCAACUGCUAUCAUGUUGUGGUUGACAUGUGUCUUGGAUCCUCUUGUCAUCUGUGACAAGUCUUCAGCCAACAAUGUGUAUUUUGAGUUUGAUCCUAAUCAUCGUUUUGUCAAAUGCCAUGCAUCUAAUGAAGUUCUUCAUGGACAAGUUGGACUCGAUGGCCUGAAUUAGUUUCCAAGCCUGCUUCAUGCCUCUCAUACACAACAACAACCUUCUAGUUUUCCUGUUCCAAGUCUAAACACUAUUGCUUGCUUCUAAUAAUACUUUCAAUUGUAAUGCUCAUAUUGGCAUUUACGAUUAGGACAUCCCAAUUUCAAUGUACUUUGUCUUAUCUUUCAGUCUUUUAAUGUAUCUUUCAAUAAUAAAAGUAGUUUACCUUUUAUUUUCAGCUUGUUGUAUGGGCAAAUCACAGACUUCGUUCUCGUCAUUCUGUCACUUCUUAUAAUUCUCAUUUUGAAUUAAUUCUUAGUGAUUUGUGGGGUCCUUCACCUGUGUCAUCUACUAAUAACUAUUCUUACUAUAUUUUCUUUGUGGAUGCUUAUUUGAUAUUUACUUGGGUAAUUCUUCUAAAAUGCAAAGUGGAUGCAUUGUUCGUUAUCCAACAAUUGCAAUCCAUGGUUGAAUUGCAAUUUGACACAAAUAAAGGCAGUGCAAACUGAUUGCAGUGGUGAAUUUUGCCCUUCUCAUGAUUAUCCCACUUCUUAUAAUCUCAGAACUAUAUUUCUCUUACAUGUCAUUAGAAUGGCACAAUUGAAAGGAAACGUCAUCACAAUGUUGAAAUGGGCCUUACACUUCUCAAUCAAGCUUCUCUUACUAUGACCUAUUGGGACCUUCCCUUUCUUACAACAAUGUAUCUCAUCUACAAAAUACUUUCUGCUUCUGUAAAUUUUGGUGUACCAUAUACACUUCUUUUCGGGAUAGCACUUGGCUAUGGUUUUCUCAGACUUUUUGGAUGUGCUCGCUUUCCCUUUUUUAAACCAUACAGUUCAUAUAAACUUUAUUUUCGUUAUCAAAAUGUAUCUGUUAAGUGCCUCCUCAAACAAUAGACUUAUGAUUAAAAGGAGAGAACAUGAUAACAACCCACAUCCACCCAAAUAUAUCUAAAGAUUUUACUUUCAAUGAAAACAAGUUUCCUUAUACUGAAAAAUUUCUCUCUACCCAAUUAACUACAAUAUCAGUCUUCCCUCUUGCUUCUUCUAAUAUACCCAUAGUCUCACCAUCCCAAAUAGCUAUACCUAACAUCACACCUGUUUAGGUCUCAUAAGCUCCAUCCUCAUCUCCUAUACCUACCAUUACACCUUUAUAAAUCUCAUAUGUUCCAUCCUCAUAACCUUCCUCAACCGCCUUUUCUCCCUCAAUGAUGUCCACAUCACUUUACAUCUAAUACAUAACCUAGUCAAUCAUCGAACCUUUAAACAUUCAUCUUAUGCAAACUAGAUCCAAAG